AUGAGCCAAGAUGUAGAGAAAAUGAACUCCUCGAAAACAUCAUCGGAAGAUACCAAUAUUCAACAAGAAAUCGAAAGUCUUAUGAUGAGUAGAAAUAGAAUCGAAUUACCAUCGGUAGUUACUAUUGAAUCUAUUUCUUCUUCGACUUUGAAAAUAUUAAAUUUAAUUUUUAUUGAUGAAGAGUCGAAACAAUUCAAGACAAAAUAUAUUUUAAUGUUAAAAUCUAAUUAUAAUGAAUUUAUUAAUUAUUUUGUUCAACAAAUUCAACAAUCAAAAUCCACUCCUCAAGAUAUUGUAUUCGGAAUAUGUAUGCUAGGAAUUAUUUGUUAUAUUCUAUCUAUUGAAUCUAUUAGUUGUGGAAGUGAUAGUGAAUCUAUCAAUAAUACCUUGUUGGAAAUCAAGAAGAGUACUGAUAUUCACUUCUUCACUCUUGUACUUUCACAAAUACAACAACUUCAAGCUAAAAACCACUUUCUUUUGGUUUAUCAUCAAUUGUUAAGCUUGCUCAUUGAUAAUGAUCGCACAAAAAGAUUCGCACUCGAUCAAACAACAAUCCAAUAUGCCUAUCAAUUCAUCAUCAAGGAUUGUCAAAAGUUUAUUACAAGUGUGGAUAAUAUUCAAAACAUUUUCAUGGUACUAGAUGUAUUUGAUGUUAUAUCUGAACUUGCUCAGCUCGAUUGUAGCAGCAACGGAAUUAUUAAUUAUGUUGUUAUGGCCAUGCAAAAUGGCUUUAGAGAUGUAAUAGAUAUAAUUGUUGGUUGGUUCUUGGAUCGUAACACAAUUUACAAACAAAAGAUUAGAAUAGGAGAGUCUUUGGAAAAAAUCCCUUCUGCACUUUGGGAAGGUAAACACUUGGAUUUUACUGGUAAUCUUAUCCAAAGAUUUGUAAAUGACAUGUCAUCAUUAAGUGAUGAAAGACAGUAUCAAACAUUUGUUAUUUGCUUGAGAUAUCUAGUUUCAUCUCUUAGUACUACUACAUUUUAUUCAAUUCUAAAUAGAAACAAGACUAUUAUUUCAGCAUUAUUAGACAAUCUAUUUGUUACAUCUUUGUCUAAAUUUACUGACAAGAAGAAACAAGUUUGGAAGUCUAUUUCUGACUGUGUAUUAGUGUUCUCUCAAAAAGUAGUAUCACACAGAAAGUCUGGUGAUAAUAGUUCAUCUACUAAAACUAUGGAAUCAGAAGUUGUGGAAAAAGCAAUGUCAUAUAUUGGAAACCUUUUAUUACUCACUCCUCAUGAAGAAAUCAUUCCUGAAUAUUUUACAUUCAUUCAAACAAUUGUUAAAGAGCAUGAAGCAUUCCUUUCAAAGCCAGUUAUCAAAAAGUUUGUUUUGGACUUGUCCAAGUUUGCUGCUGCUCUCACAAAUAUUGAUAUAUUUGUCUAUUUAGAGUUGGCCAAAAUAUUUGACAUUAUUUUCAACAAAUUUUUCAAAGCUAAUUGUUUGGAGAUUUUGAAAUGGGUUGGGGAAGCGAACUUUGACAGACUCUUUAUUUUUGGAAUGAUUGGUUAUUCUAUUGAUAAAGGUAACUCGAGCUUAUACAAAGAGUUGCUUGAUAACGGUAAUUGGAUAAAUGAUAUGGUAAAACAAGACGAAAUGACUUUUAUUGAAAUGAUCAAGAAAUUAAGAGCACUUUUCCCUAAAUUUAAACAAGAUCUAGAUGUGGACAAUGUUCUCAAAUUAUUAGUCACUAUUCUAAAUGAAUACAUGGCUUCGAGAGAUAUUCAAAAGGAGAUUUUGUUAUGGCUUCAUCUUAUUUAUUCAUUCGAAGAAAAAAGUCCAACUGAAGUAGUGCUUGAUACUUUGCAUUCUAUCUUAGAAAGUGAUUGCUCUGUUGAAAACAAACUCACUGUGUUAAAGAUUGUGGUAGAAUGUCUAAGCAAGAUUGAUACAGACAAGUACAGCAUGUACGGAACAACUCAACUUUUAAAUUGUUUCUAUAAGUGUUUAGAGAGUGGAAAUGACCAAAUAUUCAAUGAAGCAGUUGAAAGCAUCAAAAGAUGUGGUCAUAUAUUAGUUGAUGAAUCUGCAUCAUCAGAAUUCAAGUGGUUCAGAUACUACUCAUCACCUUUAUUUGAAGAACUUCCUGAUAUCUCAACUUUGAAUUAUCAUUUCGAAAAGCUUAUUAGUUCUUUCGAUAAGGUUUCUCAAGAUCCUUUUAUUUAUAAGAGUGUUCCAUUUGCCGUUUUGUAUUGUGUUGUGAAUAGACUUAAAACUCCAUUCGGUGGUGCUAUGGCAACAUUUGAAGGGUUUGAAAAAUUAUUACAAUCAUUCCCAGAGAAUGAAAAUUUGCACUAUUUUAUUAGUGAACUCCAAAGACACGUUAAUGCAAUCUCUCUUGGUGUACAUAACAAUUUAUUUAAUGCGCAAAUACUUUCUUUCUUUACAGGCAACCAAAAAGUUUGUAACGACUGGUUCAACAGGCUCCAAUCCCAAAUGUCUGGAAGAAUUAUCCACAAUGGAUUAAAGUCACUCAUUACGGAAAAGGAAAGACCUGAAAGAAUUGAGUCAUUAUUGAUUGCCAUCUGUACCACAUUAUGUGAAGAGUAUUGUGAUAGCGAGGUUUUGAAUGGCGUUUUGUCUGUAAUGGAAACAGAAUUCUCCAAGAUACCAUCAUUCAUUCAACUUGCAAAGGCAUUUAUGGAAGAAAGUCAAGGAAGAUUUGAGCAAGCUCUCCAACAUUACCAAAGUGUCACUAGCUUCUUUGAUGAGAAGAACAAACUUAAAAUUAACGAUAGAAUUUUAUUGUGCCAAUUCUAUCUUAAAACCUCAGAUAACUUUGAUAUUUUAAAGCUUGCCAAUGGUUUAGAUUUUACACCAGUUAUGAACAAGUACAUAGAAUCAAAUAGAAAAUCUAAAGAUGUUGAUACAGUUGUUAAACACUCUAACAGACAUGAAGAACUUAUUGUUAGCAAGUCAGAAGACUCAAACAGUCGUUUCAAAGAAUAUUGUAUUAGAAGAUACCUCCACCAAAAUGUUAUUCCAUUCGUUUCUAAAAUGAUUCCUAUUCAAAACUUGAAUAAGGUAAAGAUCUCUCCUAAGAAUGGAAUCAUAGUCAGAGUGGAUCAAAAUGAAAUUGAUUCACCACUCAUUCAAGAUCAUUUAACCUGCCUAAAUAUACAAACAGCACAUAAUAUCAUUGAUAACUUGGGUGUUAAGGAUGAAAAGUCGGUUUUAAAGAUUGAUGAGUUAUAUGCUAUUGAUCAUAAGGAGGCUAUUCUCAAGCUUUCUUCACAAAUUACUAUUGGAAAUAAGGAGCUAACACAAAACAUGCCCUUCAAACUUUAUACUUGGAUUGAUCAAAAUCAAAAACUUUUGGAUAGCGAAACAAUAACCAAGAUUGGUAAAAACUUAGGUGCUGAAUUGUCAGAAACUCCAUCUAUUCCAUCUGUUCUCAAGGCUAUUGUAACAGUUUCUGAGAAUUCUGUAUCCCUAUCACAAGACCAUCUUCAUAUUGCUCUUGAUUAUCUCGAAAAAUAUGAUACAGAAAAUAAGAAUAGACUGCAAAUUUACAAGAAUAUACUCCAAUAUCAGAACAAUCUCAGCAGACUUGAAGUCAUCAAAAUUGUUGCUAAACUCCUUGAUGAUCUUGAACAUUUUGAUGAAAAUGAAUUUAGCCAAUUUGUUGAAGAUAUUGACUAUAGAAUUUGGAUUCCUCUCAUUCCUCAAAUUUUCAGCUUGUUUGGAGAAUACUAUCCUUACAUCAAGUCUGUUAUUCUCAAGUUAGGGAAGCACAGACUUCAAAGUAUUAUUUAUCCAUCUGUUGUUAGGUACCUUGAGCACGCAAAAAAUGGUACUGAUAUAAUUGCUGAACUUAGAAAAAUUAAUCCAGAGAUGGUGAACAGCGUUGUUUCCUUUGUUUUAGAGUGUAAGAGGAUGACUCACACAUGGUUCGAUUUAUGGUUACAAACCUUAACUGGUUGCAGAAAGUAUCUUACCAAGACUGGUAUAAAGAGCCAAAAAUUUCAAAUAUUGCUCGAACAGACAUACAACGUUACCAUGAACGCUGAGCCAGAAAGCAAGGUAGAACAAAUGUUCCAAAUUCAAUAUCAGUCCAUUCUUAACAUGAUUUAUCAUAGUUUAUUGGAAUUAAGUUAUCGUACUGGUGAAAUUACUGAUGAUGAAAUUGAUAUCACCAAACAAAAAUUAUUAGAUUUGACUCACCAAAUAUCAAGAAGCUCCAUCUUUAGAGAAUUCAAUGCUGAGGAUGUAGUUCCAAAGCUUCUCAACUAUGAAGUUCUGAAGAAUAUUCCAAUUCCAGGCUUGCACUUGCACGGUACCUCUAAUGAAGAUAGUUUGGUCACUAUUGAGUCAAUUAGUAGUAAGGUUAAAGUAUUAGGAUCAAAGACCAAACCAAAGAAAAUUGUUUUUAUGGGCAAUAACGGCAAAUACUUUAAAUUCUUACUUAAAGGUAAAGAAGAUCUCAGACUUGAUCAACGUAUGCAACAAUUUAUCGGUAUUACCAAUAUGAUUUUCAAGUAUAGUGACAAUCCACAUUUGAGAAACAGAGCCUAUGAUGUUACACCACUUGGUAAAAAUUGUGGUUUGAUUGAGUGGAUAGAUAAUACGCAAACUAUCUUUAGUCUUUACAAGAAGAAAGACAGUAUCUACAAGCCAAUGGAUCACUACUACAAGUGCUUGUUACCAAUUAUCAAAUCUGAAAAUAUUACUAAGCAGCCUUACCCAACUUCAGUUUUAAAGAAGGUUUACGCUAAAUGUAAAUCCACCAUUGAUAAGGAAGAAGGAAUUAAUAGUGUAGAUACUUUACAAAGACACAUUCUCUUUAAUCCUGCUCAAACCUCCAUUAAUAGCAGCUUUGAAUCACAAAGAAACUUUGUAUUGUCUACAGCUUGUAUGUCUACAAUUGGUUAUCUUGUUGGUUUGGGUGACAGACACUUGGAUAAUAUUUUGAUGGACUCUUACACCAACGAAGUUAUUCACAUCGAUUACCAAAUUUGUUUUAAUCAAGGAUCAAACCUUCCUGUUCCAGAAAUUGUUCCUUUCCGUUUGACUCCUUGCAUUGCAAUGGCUAUUGGAGAUGGUGUAAUGAGAACAAAAUUCUCUAGUGUUUGUGAAAAGACACUUUCUUCUCUUCAUAAGGAAAAGAAUUUGCUUUUGAAAUUAUUGAUGACCUUUAUUAGUGAUCCACUUAUUGACCAAACUUCUGAUCAACAACUCUAUUCCAUCUUUGACAAGCAAUUGGACUCUCUAUUCUUGGAACAAGUCAUUGAAAAGAAGGAAAGUAUUUGUGAUGAAUUCAAGGCUACUGCAGAAGGUAUUGCUUCUCUUGAUAUACUUGAUGAAGUACCAUCAUCAGAUCAAACUCAAAUCGAAGAAUAUUGUCUCAUUCUUGAUAAUAAGAAAAAGUUACAACAAGAGCUUGAACACUUAAGUGUUAGCUCCUUUGAAAACAUUCCAAUGUUGAAAGAAAAGUUAGAACAGGAACACUCAAGAAUUUCUGGUGAAAAGUCUAAUUUGAACACUUUGUUAGAAGAUCAAUUGAAGAAAUUCAGCGACGAAUCACAUGCUCACUUCAACUUGUUCAAUACUUUGAAAUCUAGAGAAUUUAACAAUAACCAUCUUGCUAUUUCCAUUUCUAAACCAGAACCUCUUUUACGUCAUGUUCUUCCUUAUCUUUCCAUUGACUUUACUGAUUACAAGUUGAGAGAAGCUGCCAUAGAAGAGAAGCAAAUGAAACUCAGAAAUAUCAAUUUAGAUCUCACUAACUCCCUAAGAGAAAUUCAACUUAUUUACAAGAGUUAUACUGACAUGGAAUACAUUAGUCAUGAUAUCAAAUAUGUAAUUUCCAACGUAUUGCAUCGUUUACUGAUCUGUAAAGAUGCAAGCCAAUUUGAUUCAAUUAUCAGGUCUAUCUCUGAACCAGAGCAAGAGCUUGUUGAAAUUAUUAGAGAAGUUGAUGACGAACUCGAAAAGAUGAACAGGGAUUUGGUUUAUCUUGAAAAUAAGCAAGUCAACCAUCCACCUAUGACUCAAUAUGGUCAACAAACUGUAGAUUGUUCUUUAUUAUUGAACCAACUUAUUGUUGAAGUUGUUGAAAGCUCAAACACUAUGCAACCUUCUGAACCACAAGUCUAUGAUCUUUGUGAUUGGUGUGGUUUUAGAAAUCUCCUUAAAAUUGAAGGAUGUAUCACUUUCUGUUACGACAGUAUUCCAACCAUUCAACAACUUACUCCAACAAAGGAUCAAUUAGCACUCCUCUCAACUGGUAUUAGCAACAUUACCAAUGCUGUUAGACAAUUUUUGGACAACUUAAUGUUUGUUAUUAUUCCAGAGUUUAUUACAGCACUUUCCCAAUCUGAUGCUGUUCGUCAACUUUUGGCUUCUGUUACUACACUUUUCCAAACUGCUGAUAUGAGCCCACAACAAAAAAUGUUGGCCUAUCAACUCAAUAUUAGCAACAAAGGAUCUAGUGCUAAUGUCUUGUGUUUAGCAUUUGAUUCACAAUUCUCCCAACUAGAAAUUCCAUUCAAAGAAUUGAGUUUAAUUCCAGGUGUUUCUGAUUUAAUCAUUGCCACCAAGUUGGAUACUCUUAAUGAUAUUUUUGUUGAAUUGUUGAACUAUAAUCCAUCUUACAACCAAUCUCUGUUCAACAUCCUCAAUAUUAUGAAGGAUCACAUCGACACCUUUGUUGAAAAGAUUACAGUCCCUACCUUGACUCAAACAUUGCAACAAUGGAAUAUCUAUGACCCUUAUGUUACCAAUACCUUUAAUAGCAACGAAGUUCUUGUGCACACUAUUCAAAAGCUUUAUGCAAACUUUGAAGAAUUCGGUAAUAAUAUGGUUCAAAAGCUAUGUGCACCAAGAACAAAGGAAUGUUUCAUUCGUUUGCAACAUUUGAUUUGGAACAAUCAAUUUAGUGGUCAAUUGAGCAUCAAGAAUAAGGAUAUUGUACACUGGAAGGAAUUAAUGCUAGAAAAGCUUGAAAAGUCUAUCAAGCAAUAUGCCACCACAAAGGACGAACUCUACCAAGAUUUGGUUGAUUUGCAAAACUUAGAAAGCACCAAGUAUCUUGCAAUUUGCAAACCUCUCCUCAAUGAGUCACAAUUCAAUGGCCUCCUUACAAAUAUUGCUUCCAGAAAUAUGAACUAUGAUAUUAUGCUCAAGACUAUUCAUAGCGAAAUCCUAUUGGCUAAGUCAAUUCUUACUGUAGAAAAGAAAGAUAGACAACUUCCAUUUGAUACUAGCGAUAUGGAAUCAAUCUAUGGUAGUGAAUGUUAUGGUGUAAUUAAGCGCUUAUUGAGCACACAUGAAAAGGAAAUUCAAUAUAACAAGGAAUACACAGAUUUGACAAACCAAAAGGAAAGAUAUGAUGAACUUCAAAAUGAUAUUGCUGUUUUAGUUGAAAAGUUGAAGGAACCUGAACUCGUCAACGUUCAAUCUAACCAAAUGAAUUAUUCAGAUCUUGUCAGAUCCAAAUUCAUUGCCCCAUACAAGCAAUUAGCUAAGACAAUUUCCUCCUACAUGAAUAUGAUUUCUCAAUUGAUUAGUGUAUUGCAAUCUAUGAUCGAACUGAGUAGCUUCCACAAAGUCUUUAGACAAUACUUGCAAAUGAUUGAAGCCAAACUUACAAAUCAUUAUGAAGUUGUGAAUCAAUACUUUAUAGAUUGUAAUGAUUCGCUUGAGUUUAAGAAAGACUCAACUGACUCUUUAUUCCAUUAUCAACAUCAUGCUCGUCUCACGACAAGAACAAGAGAGCUUAAGAAUUCUGUUGAUGAAAUGUUUGACUAUACCAUUGAACAAAUCAAUGAAAUUUCUAAACAAAUCGAAGAACAAUCAUAUAUUGAAAGUGUUCAUGAUGAUUUACUUCCUCCUCAACAAAAGAAUACUAACAAUAAUUAUGAUGGUAAUUUCAUUGUCAAUCUAGUUGGAAAGAGACUUAAUGAAGCUGACUCAGAGGAAAAGGUCAAGGCCAUCAUUUCCAAGCAAAUCGAUUUGGCAAGCAGUGAGGAAAACCUCUCAAAGAUGUAUAAGGGUUGGAUUCCAUGGUUGUAAACUAAUCUUUCAAUUUAUAAAAGUUCAUCUAUUUUAC